GCGCGCGCGGGGCCGAGCUGCCGGCGUCUCCCCUCUCGAGGCGAUGGGCCCGUGAGCGCCGCUCCAGCCGAGCUGCCCGAGCCGCCCCCUUCCCCCGCCCCUGCCCCCGGAGCGCUGCCACCCCCGCCUCCCCCCUCGGCGCCUGUGGCCCGGCCGCGGCCGUGCCCUCCUGGUCCCCUCACCCUCACACACACAGGCCGGGCAUUGAUGGUAAUGUAUGCGAGGAAACAGCAGAGACUCAGUGAUGGCUGUCACGACCGCAGGGGGGACUCGCAGCCCUACCAGGCUCUUAAGUACUCAUCCAAGAGUCACCCCAGUGGUGGUGAUCACCGUCAUGACAAGAUGCGAGACACCACAGAUCCUUCACCACCAAAUAAAAUGCUGCGGCGCUCUGACAGCCCUGAAAACAAAUACGGUGACAACACAGGGCACAGUAAAGCAAAAAGUGUGCAUACUCACAGAGUUAGAGAGAGGGAUGGUGGGACCAGUUACUCUCCACAAGAAAAUUCACACAACCACAGUGCUCUUCAUAGUUCAAAUUCACAUUCUUCUAAUCCCAGCAAUAAUCCAAGCAAAACUUCUGAUGCAGCUUAUGAUUCUGCGGAUGAUUGGUCUGAACACAUCAGCUCUUCAGGCAAAAAGUACUACUACAACUGCCGAACAGAAGUUUCACAAUGGGAAAAACCAAAAGAGUGGCUGGAAAGAGAGCAGAGGCAAAAAGAAGCAAGCAAAAUGUCAGUUAACAGUUUUCCAAAAGAUAGGGAUUACAGAAGAGAGGUGAUGCAGGCGACAGCUGCCAGUGGGUUUGCCAGUGGAAUGGAAGACAAGCAUUCCAGUGACACCAGCAGUAUGCUCCCACAGAAUAUUUUAUCUCAAACAAGCAGGCACAAUGACAGAGACUACAGACUGCCAAGAGCAGAGACUCAAAGUAGUUCUACUCCAGUACAGCAUCCCAUCAAACCAGUGGUUCAUCCAACUGCUGCCCCAAGCACUGUUCCUCCUAGUCCAUUUUCUCUACAAUCUGAUCACCAGCCAAAGAAAUCCUUUGAUGCUAAUGGAGCAUCUACUUUAUCAAAACUGUCUACAUCCACAUCUUCCAUCCCUGCACAGAAAACAGAGAGAAAAGAGUCUGCAUCUGUGGACAAGUCUGUAUCCCAUUCUUGCACAACUCCUUCUACAUCUUCUGCUUCUGGACUGAAUCCAACUUCUGCGCCUGCUUCAUCUGCUCCUACAGUUCCUGUUUCACCUGUCCCACAAUCACCAAUUCCUCCAUUACUUCAGGACCCAAAUCUCCUUCGACAGCUGCUGCCUGCUCUGCAAGCCACCUUGCAGCUUAAUAAUUCUAGCGUAGAUAUAUCCAAAAUCAAUGAAGUUCUAACAGCAGCUGUGACACAAGCCUCUCUGCAGUCUAUACUCCAUAAAAUUCUUACUGCUGGACCAUCUGCUUUCAAUAUCACCUCCCUAAUUUCUCAAGCUGCACAACUGUCUACGCAAGCUCAGCCAUCUAAUCAGUCUCCAAUGUCUUUAACAUCUGAUGCCUCAUCGCCAAGAUCAUAUGUGUCUCCAAGGAUAAGCACGCCGCAGACUAACACUGUUCCACUUAAACCUUUGAUGACUACGCCACCAGUAUCAUCCCAGCAGAAGGUUGCUACUCCAGGUGUUAAACAAGGACCAGCUUCCCAGGCAGCACCUCAGCAGCCAGUAAUAGCUGACAAGCAGGCAGGUCAUGAACCUGCCUCUCCACGAAGUCUUCAGCGUUCAAGUAGUCAAAGAAGUCCAUCACCAGGUCCAAAUCAUACCUCUAGCAGCAGUGCAUCAAACUCAACACCUGCACCGCAAAAUACAUCUGUACGACCCACAUGUUCAUUAACACCUACGCUAGCAGCACACUUCAAUGAAAACCUUAUAAAGCAUGUUCAAGGCUGGCCUGCGGAUCACGCAGAAAAGCAGGCAUCAAGAUUACGUGAAGAAGCCCAUAACAUGGGAAGUGUGCAUAUGUCAGAAAUUUGUACUGAAUUAAAGAAUUUAAGGUCUUUAGUUCGAGUAUGUGAAAUUCAAGCAACUUUGCGUGAGCAAAGGAUACUAUUUUUGAGGCAACAAAUUAAAGAACUUGAAAAGCUAAAGAAUCAGAAUUCCUUCAUGGUGUGAAAAGUUGUAAACAAUUGCACAUGGUUUUGAGUACAGGAACUAUUAAACUGAUGCCCAGUCUUAA